CACGCCAUAUCGGGGGCAAGACUCGAGACCAGGAAUUCCUCAGCGCUCCUCAAAUUUCCUGAAAUCACAGACCUCUCGCUCGCCUCGGUUACGGAUACAUUCUGCGCCCACCUCCUCCUCGCAACAGACGUCUGAACAGAGCCGCUUUUCAAAAUGAUGUUGCAAAGUGUCCCCUUCCUCCUAUUGCUGGCCAUAGCGCUCUGUCAAACCGAGGAAGUGCAGAGUAAGAGUAAAGUGUGUGCCAAUGUGUUUUGUGGAGCAGGAAGAGAGUGUGUCGUCACUGAGAAGGGAGAGCCCAGCUGCUUGUGUAUAGAGAGCUGUAAGCCCCACAAGCGGUCAGUGUGUGGCAGUAACAGUAAGACGUACCGCAACCACUGUGAGCUCCACCGAGAUGCCUGUCUCACCGGCCUCAAGAUCCAGGUGGCUCAUGAUGGACACUGCCAGGAGAAGAAAGCAGAGCAAGCAGCUGCCAGCCCAGUGGUGUGUUACGUAGCAGACCGUAAUGAGUUGAGGCAUCGUGUGAUCCAGUGGCUGCAGACUGAGGUGGUCCCAGACGGCUGGUUUGUCAAGGGCUCCAACUUUACCGACAUCCUGCUCAAAUACUUCAAGAACUACGACAAUGGUGACUCCACGCUGGACUCCUCAGAGCUCCUCAAGUUCAUCCAACAUAAUGACUCCAACGUGGACAUGCAGUCAUACGCAGACCAGGAGAGCAACAGGCUGCUCAGAAGCCUGUGUGUUGACGCCCUGAUCGAGCUGUCAGAUGAGAACGCUGACUGGAAGCUUAGCUUCGAUGAGUUCCUCAACUGCCUGAAGCCCGGCUUCAACCCACCCGAGAAGAAGUGUGCCCUGGAGGAUGAGACCUAUGAAGAUGGGGCCGAGACACAGGUGGAGUGUAACCGCUGUGUGUGUGCCUGUGGCAACUGGGUCUGCACUGCCAUGACCUGCACUGACAAGACAGCGGUUGUCAAGGAGACCGGGGAAGCGGGGCAGGAGAUGACCGAGGAGGAAUGGAGUCUCCGUGUGACCGAGCUUAACAAGCACCAGGAAACAGUGGAGAAGAUGAAGGUCAGCACAAAGGAGGCCUAAGAGGCCCAAAGAAGAAGGGCUUGAGAGAGAGUGCGAGAGAGUCACUCUUCCUCUAUACUUGAUGUACCUUGAGGCCCUGUGCUAUUGCUGAAUUUACUCAUAUGUUAAUUAAAUAUUAUAGCUUUUUUUUACUGUCUUUUUGUUGAUGUUUGUUAGAUGCAAGGGCAGUCUAGAGUAUUAUUUUAGGAGUUCCUUGUGUUAAGUACUGUCUUUAUUUGUGAUUGAAUUACUGCACCCUGCACUAGGAAUGGGGCCAUUUUUUACUGUUCCAUGUUUCUUCUUCUUCCUAUGUAUACAAUAUAGAUACAGUAUGGCUCUUGUUAGUAAAAUAGCAAGCAGUAAUUGUUUGGAAUGAGAAGGAUGAGAGAUGUUAGGAGUGAGCUGUUGUUUCUUCAUCAAAGAAACAAAAUCAUCUUGAAAGUACUUCAAGAUGUGUUAGAAGUGUAGAGCAAGACGAUGACAGUGUCCUAUUGUAGGGGAAGGUAGUGGGAUGUCAUACACUUGACUUUAAGCUUAUUUGCUUACAGAACUGCCAUGAUACCAUGAUACUACUUGACCAAUGCACUUCCCCCUCUGUGACAAGCAGCAUAGUUUCAGGCCUUAGUGAAUCAUCCCGUUUAGUUAGUAUGCCCUGCUUUUUGACAAAUACACUUGCUCCUAUGUACAAUUUGUUAUAUGCUUGAGUUGGAGAUCAUUUACAUUUACAUUUAAGUCAUUUAGCAGACGCUCUUAUCCAGAGCGACUUACAAAUUGGUGCAUUCACCUUAUGACAUCCAGUGGAACAGUCACUUUACAAUAGUGCAUCUAAAUCUUAAAGGGGGGGGUGAGAAGGAAUACUUAUCCUAUCCUAGGUAUUCCUUAAUGUGGUCACAAUGGCUCCCGUGCUGUAUUCAAUCAGCGCUCUCUGGUGCUUGUUUCAAAAACAUCGAAGCAAUAGUCAUCUAGAUGUGAAACCCCAAGUAGAAUAUAGAAUGAAAGCACCAAGCACAGAGCUGAACUGAGUACAGCAGGGAGAGAACUGAAACCAAAGCCUGAUGAUGACUAUGAUGAUGAAAUGAUGUACAAACCCCUCCAGGUAAAGCAUUACUCUGGACCCAGCAACAACACUAUACCUGUGCUUAUCAAAGAUCAGUUAUAAGGAUUAGCCUUGCUGUCAGCUAACAUAACUUAGAUGCAUCUCUAACUCAGAGGGAACGCAUCUGUCAGAUAAUGUGUGUGUGAUGAGGGAGUGUUUUUUGAGAGAGUGUGAGCUAUUAGUGUGUGGCGGUGAGUAUCAUAUUUGUUUUAUGUUUUAUUUGUCAAAAUCCCACUCAUCCUGAGAAUUAUUUGUGGUUAAAUCAGUGCCUUUAACACCCAAACAUAGGCCUGCAGACACAUUGUCGAGGUCUUGUGUCCAGCAAGCUUUAAACCACAAUUGGAAUGUGCAAGACUAUAAUUGGCAGAAUUUUUAUAGUAACCUUAGAGCUAUGUGGUUUAGUCCUUGUUAAAUGUUUGUGUAAAAGUUCCAUAACUAGUUUGGUUAAUAACUUUUUAUUCUAAAAGGAAUGCAGAGUGUAUAAGGAGUAUCUAUGCCAAUAAAAGACAACCCAUACAGUACUACAAA